AUGAAGUCAUAUAUGUCAUGGGCAUUGACUGCCCUCGCUGCCAUAGUGCCUCUCAGUGCAGCUCAGACAUACUCGAGUUGCAACCCCACGAACAAAACCUGCCCGCCUGACAAGGGUCUCAACCAGUGGUCCCUGACCACCAACUUCACCGAGGGUUCGUCUUGGCGCGAUCGAUGGAAUGUCACCGCCGAUAGCGUGAACAGCACCUCCAAAGGUGCUGAAUUCGUGAUCAGUCAGCAGGGAGAUGCCCCUACUAUCGAGUCCAACUUCUACAUCUUCUUCGGCUAUGUGGAGGUCAAGUUCCGCGCCGCCAACGGCACCGGUAUCGUCAGCACCAGUGUGAUGGAGUCCAACGACCUGGAUGAGAUUGACUGGGAGCAAGUCAGUACAUGGGACUCAGAAAUCCAAACGAACUACUUCGGCAAAGGCAACACCACGUCCUACGACCGUGCCACCACUGUGAACGUCACUACCCCCGAAGAGACCUACCACACCUAUGGAGUCAACUGGACAUCCAGCAAGACCGAAUGGAUCCUCGAUGGUACUGUCGUCCGUACACUCGAGUAUGCGGACGCUGUUGAUGGCAAGAACUACCCCCAGACCCCCAUGACUGUCCGUGUCGGUAUUUGGGCUGGCGGUGACCCCGAUAACUCCGAGGGAACCAUCGAAUGGGCCGGUGGUGAGACCGACUACGACGACGGCCCGUUCAUCAUGUAUCUGGAGUCGGUCAGCAUCAUUAACUACACCCCUGCCGAGUACUACAAUUAUACGGACAAGACUGGCGACUACACAAGUAUCAAUGCCUACAACACCACCACAUCAUCCAAGUCGACCAACUCGUCCAGUAGCUCGGGAUCGAGCUCGUCGUCCUCGAGCUCUGGCUCUUCCAGCUCCAGCUCCGCCUCUGUAUCCAGCAGUGAUGCUAGCGGUCUCUCCUACAGCGGGUUCUUGAUGACGAUCCUUGGGCUGGGCGCAUUCGCGGGGCUGCUUCUUUAG